GAGUUACUAACCACUUGUGAAGUUGUUGUUGUUGCAAAGGUUGCUGGGUAAUCAAAAUGGCGGCGCCCACGAAAUUAGGACGGGUGCUGUGCCGUACGUUACCCAGAGUAUCGUCCAGCCUACGCUCCUACUGCACAGCACAGGAGCCGCCACCCUAUAGACCCAGACGGGCGCUCAUGUACGUUCCUGGGAACGAUGAGAGGAAAAUUCUCAAGAUUCCGACACUGGAUGUGGACUGUGCUGUGUUGGAUUGUGAGGAUGGUGUAGCAGCAAACAAAAAGGAUGAGGCCAGAGCUAAUAUAACAAGAAUGUUGGAUGAGGUUGACUUCGGCAGGACAGAGUGUGUGGUCAGAGUCAACUCUGUGGACAGUGAGCUGGCUGAUGAUGACCUGUUGGCUAUUCUACGAGCCAAGAACCUGCCCUCUGGCAUCAUGCUGCCUAAGGUGGACAGUGUAGAGGAACUUCAACAGUUUGCUGCAAACCUAAACGCUGCAGUGGCAGAGAUAGAGGCCAACCCCAUCUUCAACCUGAUCACAAUGGUGGAGAGUGCGAGAGGCUUGAUGAACCUCCAGGCUAUUCUAGAGGAGGCUUUCAACCUGGUCGACAUGUCUCCCUUCAGACUAGCUGCUGUCACCUUCGGGUCUGACGACUUCUGUGCUGAUAUAGGAGCCAGCAGGACCAGUGAUGCUAAGGAGCUGAUGUAUGCCAGACAGAAGGUUGUUGUCACGGCAAAGGCCUUUGGCCUACAGGCCAUCGACCUGGUGUCCAUAGACUUUAAAGACACAGAGAGCUUGAGAAGACAAUCAGAGGAAGGAGCCAAGAUGGGGUUUACAGGUAAACAGGUGAUCCACCCCCUGCAGGUGCCCAUUGUCCAGCAGGCGUUUUCCCCCAGUCCUGAGAGGGUCGUCUGGGCACGUGGUCUCAUCCAGGCGUUUCAGCAGCACCAACAGGAGGGCAAGGGGGCGUUUGUGUACGAGGGCAAAAUGAUUGACAAGCCGUCCUUGCUGCAGGCACAGAACGUGGUUCAGUUAGCAGAGGCUGUAGAACCAUCAGGAUCUCAACAGUGAUGCACAGACCAGAUGGACCCAAACUAGGGCUCGAAAUCUGUUUGUUUUUCAUCACCAGUAACUUGCCAUUAGGCAUAACACUCCAGUUUUUUUUACAGUAAGUACUAGGGGUAAGACCAAACUGUAUGGUAAUCUCCAGGCAGAUUUACCAGUGGCAUAAAAUACAAAUGUAGUAUCAAAGCUGGCUAAGGAGUGGCCACCAGCCCAGUAAGGUUACAUUCACUCGCAUCACAAAGGACGCAACUCCCCCUUUGUCCUACAUGCAAUACUGUGUACAUGUUCCACUGCAUGUAUUACUAUCCUAACAUUCUAACAAGGCACCAAAAUGCAAGAACUGUAUCUUUAAUGUUCACCUUUUCUUGGUACCCUAACUUUAGGGGCUAAUUAGUUUAUAUGUAUCUAACAGCAGUCAGAAAUGUUGCAAUACAAGGUCAGGUUAUGACCUAAAAACUUAUGCAGUAAAAGUAUAGGGAGUAAGGAGUCACAAAAUGGUCCCUUUUUCCCUCCUCUGAAAGUUUUAAAUGAAGUAGUCGAGAAAUUUGAUGUCGAUUAUAGUAUUUAUAUUUCCUGACUGACAUUGUGUUAUAUAAAAGUUUCUCAUAUCUGUAUAUCUGAAUAGUGUAAUUUUCCACCUAGAUUAUGGUAACGCACUUCAAUACAUUGCAGCUCAAUAUAUACAUAGGCAGUUGAUGUUUAGAAUGGGCAGAAAUAUGAGCUGUUUUUUUAAUGAUUUGUUAUUAUUUACUAUUUACAUUUCAUUAAAAAGUACUGACUCUAAGAAGUACUUGCAUAAGAUAAAAGUGGCAAAAAGGUUGCCUGAGCAAUUGUUCACAUCUUAGAUUAGAUAUUACUAAGAAAGAAAUAUGUUUGAAUUAUUGUACUAUUAAAUGGCAAAAAUGCUCAGAAGGCUCAAAAUCCAUUUUCUUCACCAGUCAGGCAUGUGCAAUGUUCUUAGUAAACAUUUCCAUUAUUACAAAGAAGUGAGAAGCAGCCAAAUCAACAUACACUUUGUUUGCUUUGCUCACUUGUUGGUUAUAGCAAAGGACCUGGCUCUAAGCACCAAAUAAAACAACUGAGUGAGC